AUGUCAAAGCUUCUAAGUAGUGCUUUGCUAAUUGCAUCAUUGCUUCUUCCCGAGCUUAUUCAUUCUGCUGAGACACAGCUACGUACUCGUGCAAGACGUUGCGUUUGUAUUUCGAUUAGUUGCGGAUGUUAUCAACCAACCGGUCCAGUUUACCGACAGCCAUUACCGUCUUCAUAUCGGCAACCAGUUUAUCGACAACAACCGGAUACAGCACCAUGCGUUACAAAUUGUAUGCAAGGUUGUAUGCAAAAGCAACAAAAUACAUGUCAACAAUCAUGUCAAAAUUUAUGCAGCACACAACAAACUUAUCAGCAAUCAAAAGGAUAUGCACCAGUAUCUUAUCAGUAUGAACCAUCAACCUCUGAUAUAGCUACUGGUCAACAAAGCGCUACUGGUCAGCAAAGCGCUACUGGAACAUGCUUACAUGUUUGCAUGCCUAGCUGCGAAUCACAAUGCAUUCAACGAUCAACACCAGCACCUGCAAUAUCACAGCACAAUAAUCCUGUACCUGUAGUAAAAAGCCAGACACCGUCUUAUUAUCCAGUACAGCAAUAUGAACCUGCAAUGCAACAAUAUGCUAAUAGUGAUAAUACAGUUUGCGUUCAUCUUUGCAUGCCAUCCUGUGAAAGACAAUGCAUUGAACGAACAAUUCCUGCAAUUCCGUCUCAUCCGGAACGAACGGAACAGCCAAAUGGUAUCUAUUAUCCAAAACCAACACCGGAUUCAUCAGUAUCCUAUCAAAAUUUCAUUCCAGCUAAUCAAACAUCGAUUAUCAUUCGACCACUUCCAAAUAGUGGUACGGCAACAAUUUGCUUACCUAUUUGUACAGCACCAUGUCCAACAGAAUGUACCGAAAGUCAAAAACAAAGUGGUGCAGGAGAUGAAUACACAAAUGGUGGUACCACUCAGGAACCAAUAACACCUACCCAAACUGAUUUACUACCACGUGAAAUUUCGAUUAGCCUACCGCAAUCAAUUCAACAAUCACCGGAUUGCAUGAAUUUAUGUCAUGAAACAUGCAUGCAACAAUGUAUUGAACAAAAUCAACCGGCUGAUCAAUGUCAACCAUCUUGCUCAUAUACAUGUCAUGAAAGUUGCGCUCAUUCACCAGUUAAUACCGCCACAAUCAGUUCCAUUCAACAACCACAAAUAGAAACGGAAAUUUACGAAACGGUUGCACCAAUUCCGGAUAAUUCCAUGAAUUCACCACUUUUCAAAACUUUCCUCCUUCGAUCACCACCAUAUUAUCGUCAAAAUGAACCGCAAGUUAUCAACUGUCUUUUCGGUUCAGCAAGAAGUGGCCAAUGUAAAUGUCCAUCCGGUUAUGUUGUAUGCUUAUCAACACAAUCACGUAUCAGUAAACAGCAAUGUUGUAGGAGACGAUGA